AUGUCGACCGUCACAGUAGACCACCCUUCAAUAGGAUCGGUCAAGGGCCUUGAGGGCGAUGGCGUAUAUCAAUUCCUAGGGGUCCAAUAUGCCACCCUCGACGACAGACUUGCUGAAGCUCAAGUCAAAUCAACAUAUGAAAGUCCAGUUGAUGCCACAAGCCACGGACCCUCUUCGUUCUCUCCCCCAAAUGGAUACGACAACGAGAUGCUGUUCAUUCAGCGAUCAAUGCCCAAGCCACCCAUUGUCCACUCGGACUUGGAGUGCUUAAAUCUAAACAUCACAGUGCCGAAAGGCCAGAGUGGUGUCGAUCUCACAAAGCAGAAGCUCCCCGUCUUCAUUUGGAUGCACGGAGGAGGCUUCGUUGUCGGAGCGAACUCCUGGCCGCAUUAUGACCACGCCAAACUCGUCAAGCUGGCCAGUGACAAUGGAGUGCCUGUGAUUGGUGUGGGCAUCAACUUCCGUCUAGGUCUUCCCGGCAUGUUGACUUCGUCGGAAUUGCGCCAACGGGGCUACCAACCCAACAACGGACUUCGAGAUCAGAGGGCGGCUUUCCGCUGGGUCAAGCAGCACAUUGCCGGGUUUGGGGGUGAUCCAGACAACAUCACCGUUAUUGGCGAGAGUGCCGGAGCAGUUGCGACCACGUUCCAUCUGUACUCCAAAGAGCCGCUGUUCAACCGCGCAAUAGCGACAGGUGGUACCUGCCUCCUUGUCCCAGCGUUCGCUCCCGAACAGCAAGAACAUACUUACCAGCAGGUACUGUCCAUCCUGGGCCUUGAGAAGCUCGAUGCCGAACAACGGAUCCAAAAGCUUUUGACACUACCCAUGGACGAGGUCAUUGCGAAACUGCCGCCGUCUGUCGCGUUCUUGCCCACAGUGGACGGCGAGAUUAUCCCUGUACAGCCGACGUUUGCGGGAGUGGCCGAUAAAUCGGAUCAAAGCAUGCCUGGUAAGCAGUGGGCGGAGGCUUUGAUGAUCGGACACAGCGAGUUUGAUGCCUCGGUACUUGGAUUCAUGCUGGGACACCUGAAGUCAGGCAUUCGGGAAAAGUUCGCAGCAUCAGUGAGGUCUUCUCUCUCGGCGACACCCGAGAUUGCAGAGUCCCUCCUCGACGCCUACGGCUUCAACGACUCGACGCUCGACGACGAAGCUGCGUUCAUCAAAUUCCUCGAGUUCGUCAACGACGUCAGCUUCUUCGGCGCAACCACCUGCUUCGCCCGCGGCUGGCCACUGUCAACCGCCUCCGAGCCCAAGAUCUUCACUUUCUUCUUCAACGAGCCCAACCCCUGGCCCGGCGCGUACCAGGGUCGAGCAACCCACGUCCUCGACGUCGUGUUUCUGUUCCAGAACCACAACCAGAACUUGCCGCCCGCGCAGAGGGCCGCCGCUGAGGCCUUCGGAAUGGACUUGGUCAGGUUCGUGGCUGGGCAAAGGCCGUGGCAGGGGUACACGCCGGAGAAGAGGGCGGCGAAGAUAUUCGGCCCGUCCAGGGGGGAAGAAGCAAAGGCGAAUGCCAAGGUUAUUGAGGAUGCGGAAUCGUUGGAGACGGGAAGAGGCAAGGCCAUCCUGGACAUUGGGGACAAGGUGGGGUUUUAUAAAUUGAACGAGACGAUUGCGAGGUUCAGACUGGGUCUUUGA